AUGGCACCAGCGGCACAUCAUCGAUACCACCCCCACCACCAUAGAAAAGCGAUAACGGUCACGUAUGUCGAGCACAAGGAUGCGCACGAUGUUACUUCGCUCUACGAGAUAGUCCUUCCUUCGGCAUUGACAUCCAACUAUGCAGCCCCAUCGUUUUCCCCCGACAACGACCUUUCACUUUCACUUUCACUUUCACCUCCACCUACGACUACCUCCACACCACUUUCCUUUGCUACCACUGCAUCUAAUCCCUCUACUGCCAUCGCCACAGCAACACGCUUGUCUUCACAAACGACAACGUCAAACUACCCCCGCCCAUCGCCGCCGACGUUUUUGUACCCAGAACCUAUCGUCCCACCACACGUCUACGAGUACAACAUGCAGCGCGACGCCCUCCAUGGACCGCAACAUCAACACCACUCGCUCGCACAUAAAGCGAACCACCAAACACCGACCGCGCCUCUAUGGCUUGUCAUUUUUGUGUUUGCAGUCAUCGGCAUAGCGGCUGCGUGGUCGGUGGUUGUGUGUCUGAUUCACUGGCGCGGGACUACUACUGGGAUGGUACCUCAGAGUUACCACGAACAAAGGGAGGGAGGAGGGGCUGCGCUAUGGGCACGAGAAAUCGGGUGGAGUCCGUUCGCGGGGAAGAGGAAGGGAAGAUACGAAGUGCUGCAUACGAACAGUUCCGAAGAAAUCAACAACGGUGCCGAGAUGCGACGUGGUGGUCGAACGUCGGCGCACGAUGUGCCUUUCGAAUCGGCCUACAGUGCGCAAGACCAGUCGCCGGUGAAUCCGUAUCUGGUACCGCCAGAUCAGCAUCUGGGUCGUAGGCCCAAGCUACGCUGCUCUACAGAGUGGGCAGAAGAGCAUCGUGCCUUCUUCUCGUCCUCUAGCUCUCGAUCCCCAGCCGCGCACUCAAGGGGAUCAAGCUCGACCCAAUCAUUAUCUGGCGCCGAGCUGGAGGAUGUCGAGUCGGAGGCAUGCGAAGCGCAGGGUAGACGGGCAUCGCGCGUACGCGAAACAGGGCAGGGCGAUCUCGAUAGGAGGGCGAACAGGAGUUGGGUGGAUCUAGGCCUCGCAGUAGUUGACAGAGCUGUGGACAGGGUAGCUGCUAGGAUAGUGAGGUGGACGGAUGAUGGUGGUAGAGAUGAAGAGCUGGUGCUGCCGCUUGCUAAGGGCAAGCAGGACUGAAUGUA